UUGCUCAGUACCUCUACGCGAUCAGCCGUAGUAUCUGAGCAAGCUUUUUCUAAAGAACCUUUCUAGUAUCUUACAAAGAACUACAAAGUUCAAAAACCUUCACAAUGGGUAAGGAAGACAAGCAGCACAUCAACAUCGUCGUUAUCGGCCACGUCGAUUCCGGCAAGUCCACCACCACUGGUCACUUGAUCUACAAGUGUGGUGGUAUCGACCAGCGUACCAUCGAGAAGUUCGAGAAGGAAGCCGCUGAGCUCGGUAAGGGUUCUUUCAAGUACGCUUGGGUUCUUGACAAACUCAAGUCCGAGCGUGAGCGUGGUAUCACCAUCGAUAUUGCCCUCUGGAAGUUCCAGACCUCCAAGUAUGAGGUCACCGUCAUUGAUGCCCCCGGUCACCGUGAUUUCAUCAAGAACAUGAUCACUGGUACCUCCCAGGCUGAUUGCGCUAUCCUCAUCAUUGCCUCCGGUCCUGGUGAAUUCGAGGCUGGUAUCUCCAAGGAUGGCCAGACCCGUGAGCACGCUCUGCUCGCUUUCACCCUCGGUGUCCGUCAGCUCAUUGUUGCCCUCAACAAGAUGGACACCAACAACUGGUCCGAGGACCGUUACAACGAAAUCGUUAAGGAGACCUCCAACUUCAUCAAGAAGGUCGGCUACAACCCCAAGGCUGUUCCUUUCGUCCCCAUCUCCGGUUUCAACGGUGACAACAUGAUCGAGGUCUCCACCAACUGCCCCUGGUACAAGGGCUGGAACAAGGAGACCAAGGCCGGCAAGUCCACCGGUAAGACCCUGCUCGAGGCCAUCGAUGCCAUUGAGCCCCCAGUCCGUCCCACCGACAAGCCCCUCCGUCUUCCCCUCCAGGAUGUCUACAAGAUCUCUGGUAUCGGUACUGUGCCCGUCGGCCGUGUCGAGACUGGUGUCAUCAAGCCCGGUAUGGUCGUUACUUUCGCUCCUGCCAACGUGACCACUGAAGUCAAGUCCGUUGAAAUGCACCACCAGCAGCUCCAGGCCGGUAACCCCGGUGACAACGUUGGUUUCAACGUCAAGAACGUCUCCGUCAAGGAGUCCGCCGUGGUCAUCGUCCUCAACCACCCCGGUCAGGUCGGCGCUGGUUACGCUCCCGUCCUCGAUUGCCACACCGCUCACAUUGCUUGCAAGUUCUCUGAGCUCCUUGAGAAGAUUGACCGCCGUACCGGUAAGGCUGUUGAGACCAACCCCAAGUUCAUCAAGUCUGGUGAUGCUGCCAUCGUCAAGAUGGUUCCCUCCAAGCCUAUGUGUGUUGAGUCCUUCACCGACUUCCCUCCUCUCGGUCGUUUCGCUGUCCGUGACAUGAGACAGACCGUUGCUGUUGGUGUCAUCAAGAGCGUCGAGAAGUCUGCUGGCGCCGCUGGUAAGGUUACCAAGGCUGCCCAGAAGGCCGGCAAGAAAUAA